CGAAGUGGGCGAAGGGUCUGUUCCGAUGGAUCUUGACCGUCUGCACGAAAUUUUCGUUUACACGAAAAUGAAAUCCGGAAAAUCGCAGUAGCCGGAAAACAUGGAUUUAGAAUCGUCGAAUUCCUCAGUCGUUGGAAUGACUGUCUCUUGAUUCAUCGGGAGGUUGUUCUUUGGACGUGUAUGGCCACUGCGCGCGGAUUGCGCUCGACGAUCUGUUGUUGCUCUGGGGGAGGCAAGACAUGUGACAUUGUGAGAGAGAUUGAUUUUCUGCGCGUAUCACGUCCCCCGAUUGCCGGAGUCGGGACCCACCAGGAGGAGUUCGCUCUCAUCGCUCUGUUUUGCACUUUGAGGUGCACGAUGAUUGUCAGGGGCUGUGGCGAGAGAGCGCAGCAGCAGCAGCAGUGCGUUGGUUAAUUCUCAUAUUUGCUCUCGCUUCCGCUUGGGAGUCGCUUUGCUCAAUGCAACUCGCUCUGUCACGUGGGUGUAGCUGAGAAGACGAGUGUCGACGAUGGGGGCUACUUCCGAGUUCUACAAUGAAUUGAAGGCCGCGGAGCCGUUUUUCAUCUUGGCAGGACCGAAUGUGAUAGAGUCAGCGGAUCACGUCAUGAAAAUGGCACGACAGAUCAAGUCUGUGACCGAUGAGCUCGGCCUGAAGCUAGUUUUCAAGUCCAGUUUCGACAAAGCGAAUCGAACUUCGAUGAAUUCCUUUCGAGGCCCUGGUUUAGAAGAGGGUUUGAAGAUUUUGGAACGAGUCAAGAUCACAUAUGACCUGCCUAUAGUCACAGAUGUGCAUGAGACAUCUCAGUGUGAAGCAGUCGGAAGAAUUGCAGAUAUUUUGCAGAUUCCAGCUUUCCUUUGCCGCCAGACAGACCUGUUGGUGGCAGCAGCGAAAACUGGGAAGGUAAUCAACAUAAAGAAAGGACAAAUGUGCGCUUCUUCUGUUAUGGUAAAUUCAGCGUUUAAAGUCCGAACGUCGGGAAAUCCAAAUGUGAUGGUCUGUGAACGAGGCACGAUGUUUGGAUACAACGACCUCAUUGUGGAUCCGAGAAAUCUCGAGUGGAUGAGAGAAGCGAACUGUCCCGUGGUUGCCGAUAUCACUCACUCCUUACAACAACCAGCGGGCAGGAAGAUCGAGGGAGGAGGAGUAGCUAGCGGAGGUCUCCGUGAACUCAUCCCUUGUGUUGCAAGAACAUGUGUAGCGGUUGGUAUUGAUGGUAUCUUCAUGGAGGUACACGACAACCCUUUACAAGCGCCUGUUGAUGGUCCAACUCAAUGGCCGUUACGGAACUUGAAGUCGCUUCUGGAGGAAUUAGUUGCCAUUGGGAGAGUAACUAAAGGAAAGCAGCAAUAUAACGUUGACCUCACCCCUGUCUUAGAAGACUUCUAAGAUCGCUACUAGAUGCAGAGCUGAUUCAGCUGGCAGAUUGAGAAUUUUGACAUUGCGGGACCAUCUUCCCAUUAUUCACCAAUAUCUAUUCGUCCAAAGUUUUGUAGGCAUUAGUCAAUGGAUCAUCCCUUUGAAGAUAUGAGAGUAAGCAAACAGGCUGCCUGUCUGAACCUAGGCUGCAAAAGGAAGUUGUUGCAAAAUGCAGCUGCUCAUCAAGUUACCGGAGACUUUCAAAAGUAGGAUAGAAUAGCGUGGUCUGUAACGGGAUUCUUUGUGGAAUUCGGCAAUAAAUAAGUAACAAUUUCA